UAGCGAGAUGAUAGCAUAUCCGCUAACAAGCUUACGCACCCUCGGAGCAGGUUACAAGGAAACAUCAAAAUGUUCCACUUUAAGAAGUCAAAGAUCGUUUAUUCUGUCAACUAGUUUACCUAGGAUGUUUCCUAAAACGAGUCAGCAGUUGAAAAAGCUUGACAACCUGGAAGACUUGCUAAGUGAGUGGAGUGAGUUAAACAGGCUUGACAAGGGAGGGCGAAGAUAAACAAUUACACAGCGUCGUAGUGGUGCCACCCACUCAUGUCUGAACAUAAAGAGGACCCACGAGAGAGGCAGCAGUCAGCAGGGCUCCGAGAAGGAACAAGUUCUCCAAGCAGGACCAGAAACAGGAGCUCCGGAUCAGAAACGAUGGGGGCUGUGAUGGGUCCGGUUCUACACUGGGUGAAAGAUGUGGCAGCUGUCACUCUCCUCAAGGCCCGGCGGACUUUAUUCCAGGCUGCGAUCCUGUUUUGUGUGCUGCUUCUUCUACUGUGGGUGUCUGUAUUUCUCUAUGGGAGCUUCUAUUACUCCUACAUGCCCACUGUGAGCUUUUCCACCCCGGUGCACUUCUACUACAGCUCCGAUUGUGAUGCCUCAGAGUCAGGACUUUGCUCUUUCCCAAAGGCCAACAUCUCCUUCAUGAAGAAUCAAAGGGACCAGGUGAUGGCUUACGGUCAGCCCUAUCGCAUAUCUUUAGAGCUACAAAUGCCAGAGUCUCCGGUGAAUGAGCAGCUGGGUAUGUUUAUGGUCAAGAUGUCUUCUUAUACCAAAGGUGGGAAGACUGUCUCAUCAGUGGGCCGAUCUACUAUGCUGCAUUACCGCUCCAGCCUCCUGCAGACCCUCGGUACUUUACUCUUCUCUCCUUUUCUUCUCACUGGCAUGACUGAGCAGAAGCAGCUCAUAGAUGUUGAGCUAUUCGCAGAUUACAAGAUGAAUUCUUAUGAACCCACAGUUGGCGCAGUCAUUGAGAUCCAGUCAAAACGUGUGCAAAUUUACUCAUCCGAGCUCCGUAUCCAUGCUUACUUCACUGGUAUUAGAUAUGUUCUGUACAACUUCCCCCUGACUUCUGCAGUGAUUGGUGUGGCCACCAACUUUGCCUUCCUCAGUGUCAUUGUGCUGUUCAGCUACCUGCAGUUCAUAUGGGGUGGGCUGUUGCCUCCAAACCAUGUGAGAGUCAGGGUUAUGAUGGGAGACAGCACUCGCACCCAGCAGAAGAGAGAGGAGGCCCGUAAGCGCAUGGAAAAGGAAAACUCCCAGAAAGACCCUGAUGCUUCUACAUCCAUUGAAACCCUGACUGCGGCCUCUGAAUUCAAGGGAAAUGUCACAGCAGAUGACCUGCCAUCAAAGGAACCCUCUUUGGUCCAAGACGCCUCCAGGGCUGAUGAGCCAGAUUCCAAGGAUGAAGAGUCUCAUGACUCUGAGGAGCCCAAGGACCAGGACAGCCAAGGCGGCUUGGAACGAUGUGAGCUGCCACACCAGGGGGAGACAGAACUCCGACAGAGACCUGGACCCUGGAUGAGCCAGUGAACCAUUCACAUGCACCUUCGACAUAUGCAUGAAAAUAUUAAAACUUGUCUUGCUUUAGCUAACAAACCGCAGCUUAUUGUCUUGUAUUGAAAACAGUUUACCUCAUUGUAACUGUGACCUCUGCUCGUUUUCUCUCUGCUUAUUGUACUGUAGCACUUCGACAGUCUGUUUGUACCAUCUGAGUUUUGCAGAAGUCCAUAGCAGGAGGUUCCACAUUCCAGCUCUGACUUUUUCCGCACUGUAUCCCCUGAAGGACUUUGGCAUAACCAUCAGCAGGUGUUACCGAUUUAAUGCACCCUCUUCGAGUCAGGCGAACCUGUCCAUCUAUUACAACAAUGACAUCAGUAAGGUAGCAUUUUCUCAAACCAUGGCCAGCUCCAACACGAGAUGAGGCACCCAUCCAAGCACUCCUUCCCUAAAGAAAUAGUCACGGUCAAACACUGAGCAGAAUUAAUUCUCUUUUUGAAUGUAGCUGCCUCGUGCUGUGAGCAAAAUUAAUGCUUUUUUGAUUUCCAAAAGUGAAUUUGAGCGAUUUGGAGGAUUUAGGAAGAAUCCUCAUGACACUUUUUCUAAGAGCAAUUUGAUUCAGGAGAUGUUCCUGAAAAGAGUCUUUGUCGGUAAUGACUUCUUAGAAAGAAAAUACACAAAGGCUGCUGCCUGAGGGUAAUAUGAGGUUUGAUGCUUUUAUCAUGCUUUCAACCGUCACAUAGAGACAGUCUGUCUUGUUGUUAUAGAUGAGAUCACCGCCGUGGCACGCUAAAUUAAUUUGUGAACUUUAAAGGUUGUCUUCUAUUCCAUCAGAUCUUUGUAUUCAUUAGUAUCUGUUACAGUGCACUUUGCCCUUUGCAGUUUAGUGGUGUGCACCAUUGUCUUUUAAGUGGGUAUUUAAAAUUAGUUCUAUUAGUCAUGAUGCCUGUCAAUUAAAUGUUCUUUUUUUUUACCACAAGGAACAAAUGGAGGACACAUUAAGUUACUGUUUGGGUGUUGGCUUUUAGAGCUGACUAAGCGAAGCAUUGUUGUAAUAUGUUUCAGUCUCUACAUAUUUAGCCUGCACUCCAGGGAAGCUUUGAGCUUAAACACGUUUAUAAGAGAGUUGUGUGCAAGUUGUCUUGAUAAAGGAAAUUGUACCAAAGAUGUUGUGAAAUUGGGAUCAUGUAUUGUUCUGAAGAAUCUCCUUGUUAAAGCCUGUUAAGUUACAUUAGUGUGUGUUUACAUGU